CGCGAACCCUAGCCGAUCGCGCGGAAUGCCGGCGAUGCCGAAGCCCCAGGACGCCGACGUCGAGGCGGCCGGGCCCGCCGCGGACGCCGCGGGGAAGGCGGCCCCGGCGGCGGCGGAGGAGGCCGCGAAGCCCACGAGGAAGGUGGCGGAGGAGGCGGACCCGCGCCUGCGCUGGGCGUUCGUGCGCAAGGUCUACGCGAUCCUGUCGCUGCAGUUCGCGCUCACGGCCGCCGUCUCCGUCGCGGCCUGCCUCGUGCGCGCCGUCCCGCGCUUCUUCGCCACGGGGUCCCCCGCCGCCGUCUGGCCCGUCUUCAUCGGGAUCCUCGUCUCCCCGCUCAUCGUGAUGUUCCCCAUGUUGAAGUACCGGGAGAAGCACCCCACGAACCUGGUGCUGCUCGGCGUCUUCACCCUCUGCUGCAGCCUCAGCAUCGCCAUGACCACCUCCACCAGCCUCGGCAGAGUGGUUCUGCAGUCUGCCAUCCUCACGGCAGUUGCUGUUCUGGGGCUCACCCUCUUCACCUUCUGGGCUGUGAAAAAGGGCUACGACUUCACCUUCAUGUUCCCCUUCCUGUUCACUUGCGUCAACGUGCUGCUGGUGUACCUCGUCAUCCAGAUCUUCUUCCCCCUGGGAAGGUUCGGCAUCACCAUCUACGGGUUCCUGGCCACCCUGGUGUUCUCGGGCUUCAUCGUCUACGACACCCACAUGCUGCUCAAGCGCCACACCUACAACGAGUACGUGGUCGCCGCCAUCUCCCUCUACCUGGACGUCAUCAACCUCUUCAUGGCCCAGAUGUCGCUCUCCUUCCAGUGAUCCAUCGCGGGUCUCACCUCAGCACCCCCCACCCUGACUUCGCCUCGCCCGUCCCGUACAUGGUGGAUCACGUCACAUAGCUUCACAAAUCUAGCUGCCUCAAGUUACCAAAUACCUAAUAGUACCAGUAGCACUACAGAGCUGGAGACUGAUAUGUAAUUAGCCAAGCUCUAGCUGAGAUUGCGGUAUAUAUGACCAGUUGCGCUAGUAGUGAAAGAUAAUCAUAGACCUUGAGAUAUCUCCCUCUUCCGUGCUUCGGCACCGGGUAGCUCUGAUUGAUAGGCCGCUGUUGGUUUGAAACCUUCAUGGAGAUCCAAAGCGCUGCUGGAUCUGAAACCUUAAUGGAGAUCCAAAAUACUCUA